AACGUCAGUUCGUACAAAAUAGUCAAAGAGGAAUUGAUAAAAAAUUUUACCUGUUUAUAAAAAAAUUAAAAAGGUAGAAUUUGUUUACAUUGAGUUUUUAAUAAACUUAAUACAAAGAAUUUGAUGUAAAUUUUUCGAGUUAAUGUUGCUUACAUGCAAUUCUUUGAGUAUAAACGUAAUGUUACAAGGACUAUCAGACGUGCUAAAAACCGCUGCAGACAUAGUAGCACCUCCACCAACAUUAAGGCAAGAUUUAGAGUAUCAUUGGAAGCAAGUCAAAACUUUUUAUAACAAUAGAAACAAUUUUCCGCGUCACAUUAGUAAUACAACUGUUCCUCAUCAUUUGGAAUCAAUAUUGCAAACCAUAUUGAGGGAAGAUGAGCUUGAAAAUAACGAUUCAAAAAAGGAGUGUAUGGAAUUCAUCUUAAAUAAUAGACCAUUGGACUUACUUUUAGAACUGUCAAUAGCUGAUAGUCCACCUGGCGUAAAAGUGUGUGUACUUAAUUGGGUCAGGAGAUUUUUAUCGUGCACAAAAUCUGCACCAUUAGAACAUACGAGUAUUUUUGAACCUAUUCGAAAUCUUAUACAAAUAUGUAAUGGAAAAGUGCCAUCACCAUAUGAAGAGGAAGAAAUAUUAUUUUUAGAAACUAUAGCUGGUCUAAUAAGAAAAAACCCAAAUUUGCUGCAUAUAUUUCUACCGUCACAUCAAUAUUCUGCAUCCGCCAUGUCACAAAUUAAGCAUAAUAAAUUCAGAAAAUUACCCGAAAGUAAUUCAUUAUUUCAAUCAAUAAAAUUGGAAACCAACAUAAGAAGAGUGGAAAUUAUUCCAGAUUUAAGAAACAUUAAUUCUAAUGAAUUAAAAGCUUUAAAUAAAGCGAAAAUUGCAAAUGGAUCUAAUUUCGACUUUGAUACCAAAUGCAACGCUUCUAUAAAACUGGUAGAUCUCAAUCGGACUGAAUGUGAUUGCGAGCAAAAUGAAAAAUUUGAAUUGUUGGACACGAUACUUUCUUAUUUUGAAAGUCCUGAUAGUAAAGUUGUUGUAAGAGCAUGUGAAAGUGCUUUAAUCUUAUCUUCGCUGUCUGUAUCUAAUAUAAAAUGUACAUCAUUUGACAGAAGUUUGAAAGACUUCACUGAUUAUUUAAUCAAGAAAAUUUGUGUCCUUUACGAAAAAAUUCCAGAUGACAUGGAUUCCGAUAACAUAGAAGAAGGCAAUAUAUCGUGGGGAUUUAUUCCUCGAGAACCGGAUGUUCAUAAAUUUAUAGGAAAGGCUGAAUUUCACGAGUUUUUUUGUUGGUUGGACUACACAGAUUGUGUAGCAUUAGAGAAUCUCAAAAUCUCAACAUUUAUAACACAAUUCCGCAACGAAUUUUUAUUAAAAUACGUAGAACCAACCUUAUUAGCAACAGACACUCCUUUUGUUCUUAUCAUAUUAAGCAAAAUAAUUAGACAAAUUCGAUCCCCAAACUUUAUGGAUGAAAUCGCAAAUUGGUUAGUUGGGGAAACUAAUUCUGAACCUUAUUCCGCAACAGAUUGCUUACUUACUAUAAUUAUUGAAAAUAUGCAAGAUAAUUCAGAAAUAUUAUUAGCUGGUUUGCAAUUUAUUGAAGCGUUGUUGGAUAAUCCAAAUGAAAAAAUAUUGAAUGAAAUGCUCUUUAGAUAUUUAAAUAAACGUGGUUACUAUGAUAAUCAAGCUCAACAAAGUUGGUCAGAUGAAGAAGAAGAACGUGAAAGGAAAUGCGGCAGUAUUGAAGAUCAGUUCAGAUCUCAUACCUUGUCUCCACAUAAUAUUUUAAAAGUUAUUAAUCAUUUCUUACUUCUCUUACCAAGACAAGUUAUGGCGGAAGCAAGCGGCACUUGUUAUGAGGAAUAUGUUCAAGACGCAAGUAAACAUUAUAAAAUUUGGCUUAAGAAAACUGAAAAAUUUGCAUGGCCGCGUGAAGCAGUUUCUCCAGAUAGAGAAAUCAUUUCUUCAAGUUCUUCAAUUGGAAAUCUUGAUCUUCCUAAGUCUACUUUUCGUCGCAGUAACAGCUUAGAAACAGAUUUGCAUUGCAAUGACAGUGGUAUAUCGGAAGGACGUUUUUAUGAAGGUCCAUUAUUAAAAUUUCUAUUUUCACAUGUGAAGGGAAUGCCAAAUCAAAGUUGCGAAAUAAAUUUAGCAGUUAUUGCAAUUGUUUCAAAGUUAGCAUUUUUGCCACAACCUUAUUUACAUGAAAUUCUUCUAAAUCCAAUCAUUCCUGUGGCACACGGUGCUACGAAUUUGUGGAAUAAUAUGCAAGUAGCUGCUCGAUACUUACUGCUUGAAAUUCCGAAACAUGAACAUUUUCAAAAAAGAAUUGGUGAAACUGGAAAACGUUUAUUAUCCAAUCCACCAAUUAUUUGUGAUGAAGGAAAUGAUGAUAUUGAGCAACUUUAUGAGGCAAUUGUUAUAUUAGAAGAAUUUUGCAAAGAGCUUGCAGCAAUUGCUUUCGUUAAAUAUCAUCAUGCAACAAAAGAAUAAAUUUACAUACUUAUAAACUUCACUUUUCUAAUAUUACACACAUCACAUUUUUAUUGUGAUUUUUUUGAAAAGAAAUAGUCAUAGGGUUCUGUUUGAUUUGCUAUUUUAAUAUUUAAGAAAGGAAUAUUAUUUUAGAAAUUUAUUUAUAGGAGCCUCAGUGUUGAAUAGCCUGCAUAUAAGUGUGAUUAUAAUAUAUAAAAUUUAAAAACGAUUGCAAAAAUAUGAUUAUAUAUAUAAUUAGUUCUAUAUACUAUCAAAAGACGUGUUACAUACCCUGUAAUAAAAGUAGUCCUUUUAUUUUUAUGUUUAUUUUAAAUAAAUUAUGUACAAACUAAGUGUAUUACUUACUGUUAUGUUAUGUUUAAAUUUUAAAUAUAAGUAUUGAAUAUAUUAUAUUUAAAAUAAUAAGCUUCUUGCUUACUAUACAAAACUUUGUGAUUCUUUCGA